GAGGGCGCUGUUAUAUGUUUACACGUGACGCUACUACUUGAUCAACGGUGAAUCUCAACAACGUUGUUUCUCUGCUCUGUUCAUCUUCAUAACAACAAAAGCUCAGUAGUUUUAGAGCGCGGGAAUGUGUGGGAGAACAGCGUGCACGCUCGCGCCGGAAGAGCUUAGUCGCGCGUCUCGGUAUCGGGACCGGGGAGGAGAGCGACGCCGACCCCGGUGGAAGGAUGGAGACUGUGACAAAUACAGACCGUCGUACAACAAGAGUCCCCAGUCCUUUAGUCCUGUCCUGCUGUCCAACAAACACUUCAACAAGGACGCUCCUGUAGAUGAAUGUGUGCUGGCGGCUAUGCGCUGGGGUCUCGUCCCUGCUUGGUUCAGGGAAAAUGACCCUAGUAAAAUGCAGUACAGCACCUCUAACUGCCGCAGUGAGAGUCUUCUGGAAAAGAAGUCAUAUAAGGAUCCUUUUCUGAAAGGCCAGCGCUGUGUUAUUCUAGCUGAUGGCUUCUACGAAUGGCGGCGACAGGAAAAAGAGAAACAGCCUUUUUUUAUUUAUUUCCCACAAAGCCAAGGAGGACAGGUGCCCAUUCAACAAAGCAUAAAGGAGGAGAAAAGUUCUCAAAGUCUAGAGAGUAAUGAAGAAAGUAGCGAUUGGACAGGGUGGCGUCUACUGACGAUAGCCGGACUCUUUGACUGUUGGACCCCUCCUGGUGGUGGGGAGGCUCUUUACACAUACACAGUUAUUACUGUAGAUGCCUCACCAGAUAUUCAAAGCAUCCACGACAGGAUGCCUGCUGUCCUCGAUGGAGAAGAUGAAGUAAGACGGUGGUUGGACUUUGGAGAAGUAAAAUCUUUGGAAGCCAUGAAGUUACUUCAGCCAAAGUCCUGCCUGACCUUUCACCCAGUCUCGCCAUUGGUCAACAAUUCUCGCAACAACUCACCAGAGUGUCUUCAGCCUGUAGAUCCAACGGUUAAGAAGACCCCUCAGCCAUCAGCCAGUAGUAAAAUGAUGAUGAGCUGGCUUAAGACUGCAUCACCCACCAAAAGAAAGAAUCCUGAUGAAGAUCCUGAAGCUAAAGGACCUGAAGGAAAGCUUGAAUUAGAGGCCAAAAAGCGGUCAGGGCCUCUCCAACAAUGGCUGCUUGGAACAGGUUCCAGUAAGAAACCAAAGACGUUGUAAUAAAACAGAAGUAUUAUUAAAGUGUUCUUUCUAAUGUUUUGUUGGUAUGUUUUUUUUUUCUACCAAUCCAAGAGAUGUUAAAUGGCCAAAGCAAGUUACCAAUGGCUAGUUUAAAGUGAUGUUUUCUAAAGAUAGCCAACAGGAGGCUCUUUAUUAAGACUGGGCAGAAUAAUUAAAUUGAUAGUUUACCCAAAAAUGAAAAUUCUGUCACCAUUUUCUCAUCUUCAUGUUGUUUUAAACCUGUAUGAAUUUCUUUUUUUCUGAUGAACACAAAAUAAGAUAUUUUGAUAAAUGAUGGUAAACACACAGCUGAGUGUAACCAUUGACUUCCAUAGUGCGAUGGAAUUCAAUGGGUACCGUCAACUGUGUGCUUACCAUCGUUUAUUAAAAUGUCUUCAAAUAUCACAAUACUUCCAUAAUAUUUGUUUUCCUACUAUGGAAGGCAAUGGUUACAAUCAGCUGUGUGCUUAGCAUCAUUUAUCAAAAUAUCUUCUUUUGUGUUUAUCAGAAAAAAGAAAUUUAUACACGUUUAAAACAACAUGAAGAUGAGAAAAUGGCAGAAUUUAAUGCCUUUAAGGCCAGAUCUGCACCUUGAUAUGCUUUAAACACAUUUGAUAAAACAAAUUCAGUGUGUGGAUGUUAGUAUGCUUCAUUUUUAUGUAAUACACAUUCACAUUAAGUAUGCAAUUAGAUUCAGCUUGUUCAUUAAGCACAGUUUCAGUUGAUGUUACUUUGCAUGUUCAUCAUAAAUUUCUAUUCAACAUAACCAUUAGACCUAUAGGUGAAUAUAACUUAAAGCAAACAUGCAAAAGACUUAUUUAACAACUUAUUUUAUUUCCAUUAUUACUUUGAAAUACAUUUAUCUUGAACAAUGUAUAUGCUGUGCAUUUUGUUUCAUUACACGUCAUGAAUGAAUAAUUCAGUUUUACCUCA